AUGAACACCUUCCAUGAAUGGGAAACUGAUGAUUUAGCUUCAGUCAGUGCUGAUAUUGAAACCAUACCUAUUGGACUUUUGCCAAAACAAACCAACUCCAGUUCUAGUUAUCUUUUUAAGGAGGAUGAGAAGAAGUACAUGGAGUGGUUGGACACAAAGGAGGAGGGAUCAGUGGUGUAUAUAUCAUUCGGGAGUCUGUCAGUGAUGAAGAAGGAGCAAAUGGAGGAGAUGGUGAAAGGGUUGAAGGAGAGCAAGAGGCCAUAUCUAUGGGUUGUGAGAAAGGAUAACAGAGAGAAGGAACUACUUGAGAUUGAAGGAGAAGAAGGAGAUGAUCAGGAUGGGAAUGGGAUGAUGGUGGAGUGGUGUUCACAAGUGAGAGUUUUGGCACACAAGGCGGUUGGAUGUUUUGUGACUCACUGUGGAUGGAACUCAACUUUGGAGAGCUUGGUGUGUGGCGUGCCGGUGGUGGGCAUGCCACAGUGGUCAGAUCAAGGAAUGAAUGCGAAGUUGGUGGAGAGUUUGUGGGGUUGUGGAGUGAGGAGUGAGUUUGAUGGUGAUUGUGUUGUUAAAGGAGAAGAGCUUGUGCGGUGUUUGGAGUUGGUGAUGGGGGAUGGAGAGAAGGGUGUUAAGAUUAGGACAAAGGCUAAGAUGUGGAAAGACAAGGCUUCGGAGGCUGUGAGUAAAUGUGGAUCAUCUGAUCUUAAUCUCAAAAAAUUUCUUCUAAAGUUUUCUGAAUGA